AAGUGGCAAUGAUGGAGGCUAAUGCGGAAUCAACAGCGAAUUCACUCCUGAAAGAAGAGUGCUAUGCUGGUUUUCUUAAAGAGGAAUUUGAUGUUAAGACAUACACAGCUCAAGCUAUUCAUCAUGCAGUCAUUGCAGAGCAGCUGGCAAAGCUGGCAGAGGGCAUCAGUCAGCUGGAUAAAGAAUUGCACUGUCAGGUUGUUGCCAGACAUGAGGAUCUAUUGGCUCAGGCUACAGGCAUUGAGUCUCUUGAAGGUGUCUUACAAAUGAUGCAGACCAGGAUUGCAGCUCUGCAGAGUGCUGUGGACAGGAUAAGGACCAAAAUCGCGGACCCUUACAAUAGGAUUGUGGCACGGACAGCCCAGCUGGCCCGCUUACAGGUGGCGUGUGACCUGUUGAGGAGAAUCAUCCGCAUUCUGUACCUGAGCAAACGACUGCAUGGGCAACUGCAGGGGGGCAGCAGAGAGAUCACCAAAGCUGCCCAGAGCCUCAACGAACUGGAUUACCUGUCUCAAGGUGUGGAUCUGUCAGGUAUUGAUGUGAUAGAGAAUGAUUUGCUGUACAUCAGUCGAGCGCGGUUGGAGGUGGAAAAUCAAGCCAAACGUUUACUGGAACAGGGCUUGGAAAUUCAGAAUCCGUCUCAGGUGGGCACGGCCCUACAGGUGUUUUAUAAUCUCGGCAGUCUGAGAGAAACCAUAAGAAACGUUGUAGACGGAUACCGAGCGUCUGUGCAAGAGAACGUCGUAAAUGCUCUGGACAUUAAAGUUCUCACUCAGCCUGCCAACACCAGAGGUGCUCCUGGCCGAGCCAUCAUGCCCACUCCUGGAAACACGGCUGCGUUUCGCGCUGCUCUGUGGACAAAUUUAGAGAAGCUAAUGGACCAGAUCUGUGCCGCGUGUGCUCAGGUUCAGCACCUGCAGAAAGUUUUAACCAAAAAAAGGGACCCAGUGACCCAUGUGUGCUUUAUUGAUGAGAUCAUCAAGGAUGGGCAGCCAGACAUCUUGCACACCUUCUGGAGUUCAGUCACUCAGACGCUCUCUGAGGAGCUGAAGAAAGCCACAGCCGCAUCAAACUUCCUGAAACAGGCUCUGGAGGGAGAGUACCCUAAACUCCUGAGGCUGUAUAAUGAGUUGUGGAAGCGACUGCAGCAGUACAGUGCCAGUAUACAGGGGGCGCUAGUGAGCAGCAGUGCAGGUCUGGAUAUGGAGCUGCCAGCAUCAGAGAAUGAUACAGAUGACCUGUUCAUCAGGACUAAACCAGACUAUGAUCCAGAGAAAGAUCUUAAGGAUUCCCUGCAGCCUUACGAAGCAGCGUACCUGUCCAAAUCUCUGUCACGCCUCUUUGACCCCAUCAACCUUGUGUUCCCUCAAGGGGGGCGAAACCCGCCCUCUAAUGACGAACUGGACAGCAUCAUAAAGACCAUAGCCAGCGAGCUGAACGUUGCAUCAGUGGACCCCGGCCUGACGAUCGCGGUGGCCAAGAACGCCGCCAAGACAGUGCAGCUCUUUUGCGUGAAGUCAGAGCAGUUGCUGUGUACGCAGGGUGAUGCCAGUCAGGUGAUCGGGCCCCUGACAGAGGGCCAGAGGAGGAAUAUCGCGGUGGUUAACUCUCUUUACCGCUUGCAACAGGCCGUCGCUAAAGUAAUAUCUGGGUUGGGCAACUUCCCUCCAGCCGCAGAACAAUCGCUCACUGCAUCUUUAGAGUCAGUCCUGGCACUGAUGAGUAGUGCCGUUCAGCCUCUGCUCAGUUCUGUCACCGACUCUGUUGAAGCCAUACUCAUUACCAUGCACCAGGAGGAUUUCUCUGGUCCUCUCCCGGCGGGCGGCCGUCCAGACGUGCCAUGCUCUCUGUACAUGCGCGAGCUGCAGGGAUUCAUCGCCCGUGUCAUGAAUGACUACUUCCGCCCGCUGCAGUGUCUGGACUUCCUGUACGACAGCACAGAGAACAUCGCCCAGCGUGCCAUCGCCCUCUUCAUCCGCCACGCCAGCCUCUUGCGCCCGCUCGGGGAAGGAGGGAAGAUGAGGUUGGCGGCUGACUUCGCUCAGAUGGAGUUGGCCGUUGCUCCUCUCUGCAGACGGGUGUCAGAUCUGGGGAAGGCAUACCGUCUGCUGCGAUCUUUCAGGCCGUUGCUGUUCCAAACGAGUGAGCACAUUGCUAGCAGUCAGGCGCUGGGAGAUCUGAUUCCAUACAGCACCAUAUUGCAUUUCCUGUUCACUCGCGCCCCGGCUGAACUCAAAUCACCACACCAGAGAGCGGAGUGGUCAAUCUCACGUUAUUCUCAGUGGUUGGAUGACCACCCAUCUGAGAAGGACCGUCUCACACUUAUUAGGGGUGCGUUGGAGGCAUACGUGCAGUCUGUGCGAGCCAGACAGGGGAAGGAGUUUGCGCCUGUGUAUCCCAUCAUGAUUCAGCUGUUACAGAAGGCCACAUGCGCAUCAUAGGACUGAUAGCCUCAUCGCACCAUAACUGCAGAGUGAUGGAGAGAUGAUUGAUCAUGACUAUAAACACUCAUCAUUACCAACAUAUAAUAAUUAUCUGUUAUUAUGGCUGCUUGUCAAAGUCAAAUGGGUUUGUUUCAUGGGUUGUUACUGGCACUAGUAAGGCUUUAAAUAGGAUUCCUAAGUUUUGUGUUGCAAUGCAGAAUGAAAUUAAUUACUCAACACAUUAGUUAAAGGUGUAAAUGCUGAUUAAAGAAUGUUGUAUGGCUUCAUUACAACUCUGAAUUAUGAAAUGAGUUUUGUUAAUAAAAGAGACUUUCACAAGUUCA